AUGCCGGACAACGAGAUGCAAUAUGUUAGACUCGGCCAAUCAGGCCUCAAGAUCUCCAAGAUUGUGUUUGGAUGUAUGUCCUAUGGCACGCCUGAAUGGCAAAAAUGGGUUCUGGAUGAAGAGGAGUCGAUGAAACAUAUCAUGGUUGCAUAUGAUGCUGGGAUCAAUGCUUUCGACACAGCCAAUGUGUAUUCAAACGGCCGUUCUGAAAUCGUUUUGGGAAAGGCUAUCAAGAAGUACAACCUUGAUCGCGAUAGGAUCGUGGUCAUGACCAAGGUUUACUUUGCAGUUGGGGAUACACCUGACUUUGUAUCUCUCGGCAAGACCUCUGAAGCCCUUGAUCAAGCAGGGUAUGCAAAUCGUCGUGGAUUGAGCCGUAAGCACAUCUUUGAGUCUGUCAAGCAUAGUUUGGCUCGCCUUCAAUUGGAUUAUGUUGACCUUCUGCAAUGUGCGUAUCUGCGAAUUUUACUCCCCCGUCAAGCUGCGUAUCGUUUUGAUAUGAUAGGCCAUCGUUUCGAUACAGAAACACCGAUCGAGGAAACCAUGCAAGCUCUUCACGAUGUUGUACAAGCGGGGUAUGUCCGUUACAUCGGGAUGUCUUCAUGUCGUGCUUGGCAGUUCCAUGCGAUGCAGAACUACGCUAUCAACAACAAACUGACGCCUUUUAUAUCCAUGCAAAAUCACUAUAACCUCGUGUACCGAGAAGAGGAAAGAGAGAUGUUCCCGACUCUCAAGUACUUUAAUGUUGGCUCCAUCCCUUGGUCUCCACUGGCUCGAGGUCUUCUCACCCGCCCCUUGUCGCAGCAAACAAAGAGGGGUGAGACUGACCGGAUGAUCAAGGGAUACUCUCCGGGUGAAAUCGUCGACCGUGUGGAAGAACUCGCCAAAAAGAAGGGCGUCACCAUGGCACAAAUUGCAUUCGCUUGGGUUGCCAAUAGGCCAGGUGUAUCGGCACCUAUCGUUGGAGCUACAUCCCUGGAUAACUUAAAAGAGUUGAUUGCUGCCAUCAAUAUUAAGCUGUCUGAUGAAGAGGUACAGUAUCUCGAAGAGACUUAUACGUCGAGAACUCUCAUGGGUUUGUGAGGUGUGCAAGACCGUGGCUCGGACAUCCCGAUGCUCAUCGAAAUGUACUUUGUAAAUAUCAUUUAUGAUUACGAGGGUGCCUUGAAUACUCGUUUCUGUUCAAUUACAGGAAUGUAGAGAGUCUAAACAUUGAAUAUUG